AUGCAAGUCUCCAAGGAUCAAGAGGAGAAGAAGAAACACACCGCCGGUCUCACGGUGGCGUGUUCUCCAAGAAAGCCAAGGGAGAGGAGUUCUAGACCUUUUUCUGAGGCGUUGAGACGCAAGCGACCACCGAUGCUUAACCUAGAGUUGUUUCCUCGGCCUUCACCGUGGUGCAACGUGCCGGUGAAGACGCCGAAGGACGAAGAUGUUGAAGCCGAGAAAGAUGGAGUUUACUCCGUUUACUGCAAGAGAGGGAGACGCAGAUUCAUGGCGAUGGAAGAUAGGUACUCCGCGGCGGUUGAUCUCGACGGUAGUAAGGCUUUCUUCGGCGUUUACGACGGUCACGGUGGCUCCAAAGCGGCGGAGUUCGCGGCGAAGAAUCUCGGUAACAACAUCGAGGCGGCGGUGGAGGCGGCGAGAUCCGGGGAGGAAGGUUACUCGGUCGAGAGAGCGAUAAGAGAGGGUUACCUCAAGACGGACGAGGAGUUCUUGAAAGAAGGCUUGACAGGCGGCGCGUGUUGUGUAACCGCUCUUAUAUCGAACGGUGAGCUUGCGGUUUCAAACGCCGGAGAUUGUCGGGCGGUGAUAAGCCGUGCUGGAGUUGCGGAAGCUCUUACUACCGAUCACAGUCCUAAUCAAGAAAAUGAACUCCAAAGGAUUCGAGCAUCGGGUGGUUAUGUUGACUGUUGUAACGGUGUGUGGAGAAUUCAAUGGACAUUGGCCGUUUCACGAGCAAUUGGAGACGAGUAUCUCAAGAAGUGGGUUAUAGCUGAACCGGAAACAAGAACAUUAAAGAUUAAACCGGAAUCAGAGUUCUUGAUCUUAGCAUCUGAUGGCCUUUGGGAUAAGGUAACGAACCAGGAGGCGGUUGAUGUGGUCCGACCAUACUGCAUAGGCGUGGAGAAUCCAAAGACACUUCCCGCUUGCAAGAAGCUAGCGGAGAUAUCGUCUGCGAAAGGGAGCUUGGAUGAUAUUAGUGUAAUCAUAAUUCAGCUACAACAGUUUGUGGCAUGA